CUGAACUGCCAUGCUCAGCGCGUGCAGUUCAGCAACUCGGCAACUUCGCUCCAGUUCGUCUCAAGAGUAAGUUAGUAAGUUAGUGCGGACGCCUCUUGAUUGAGAAUCAUGGCGGAAAUUUUUGUGAAUGGCGGAAAAGCUACGUUUGACAAACCCAAGAUUGAACUGCAUGUGCAUCUUGAUGGCGCCAUCCGGAUCGAGACCAUACUUGAUGUGGCCAAGCGGCGAGGAAUUGCCCUUCCUGCAACCACGGUGUCCGAAAUGACCAGCCUGUGCACGGUGGAUAAGCCGGGCUCACUCACUGAAUUCUUGGACAAGUUUAAUCAGUACAUGCAUGUUAUUGCUGGGGACAGAGAGGCUAUUAAGAGAAUCGCCUAUGAGUUUGUGGAGACCAAAGCUAAAGAAGGAGUGAUUUACGUGGAGGUGAGGUACAGCCCGCACCUGAUGGCCAACUGUGACGUGGAACCGAUACAAUGGAACCAGGAAAAAGGUGACGUGACACCAGACGAGGUGGUGCAUCUUGUGAAUGAAGGCCUGAAGGAGGGAGAGAAGGCCUUCAAGAUCAAAGCUAGGUCCAUUUUGUGCUGCAUGCGGCACAUGCCAAGCUGGUCCAUGGAAGUGUUUGAGUUAUGUAAGAAGUAUCAAAACGAUGGCGUAGUGGCCAUAGAUUUAGCUGGAAAUGAAUCCAUAAACUGUGAAGCCUCUCUCCACUCCAAAGCCUACGAGGAAGCAGAGAAAAGUGGCAUCCACAGAACCGUGCAUGCGGGAGAGGUCGGCCUUCCAUCUGUCGUGAGAGAGGCGGUGGAGUUAUUGAAAGCAGAGCGUAUUGGACACGGUUAUCACACAAUCCUAGACGAGGUUCUGUACAAGCAGCUGCUUGAACAGAAUAUGCAUUUUGAGACUUGUCCAGUCUCUAGCAAACUGACAGGAGCUUGUGAGCCAGACUUCACUAAGCAUCCAAUCAUCAGGUUUAAAGAAGACAAGGCAAACUACUCUCUGAACACGGACGACCCUAUGAUUUUCAACACCACCCUGGAGUCCGACUACCAGACUGUGAAGCAGUACAUGGGCUUUACUGAGGAAGAAUUUAUGCGGCUGAACAUAAAUGCAGCCAAGUCAUCCUUCUUACCUGAAAAGGAAAAGAAAGACUUACUGAAUCAGCUCUACGAGGCCUAUGGCAUGAUCAAUGACACCAACUUCUAGGCACAGAUCAGCUGACCCAAAGCAGACCGAGUAUUUCCGAUACACUCCCACAGGAAUCUCUUGACUAAGCCCUUACUCCAAUAGCUGGGAGCGCUCUCUCAUUCUGUGUUUACUAUGUAUACCAUACAGUUGUUUUAUUUCUAUAUAAUGGUUUGUGAAAGAGACGCAUCGAUUCAUGGACAUAAGACAUAAAUAUUGGCAUCAAUAUUAAAUCUAUUUAAUAACAAAUGUAAAUCCUUCUGCCUCUGUGGCUGCAGUGCAGACACCAUUACAGCUCUGAGGACUUACGAACAAGAUUAUUAAAACCAUUAUAUGUGGUAAAAAUCAAUAUAAAGCUGUGUAUUAGGGUAUGUAUAAUGUAUUUCUUUGAUGUAAAGUUCAGAAUUAUUGGCACCCUUCAUAAAGAGUCUGACGUGAUGCGUUCAGACAAGAGCGAAAAAUAAACUCCUGCACCCCAUCAGAAAAAAGAUGGAGAUUGUAUACACAUCUGAUAUGCACAGUAAAAUAUGAAGAUCGUUGUAGCAGGAUAUUUUUUGCCCACAACCUUGUUGCCUCUGCCGGGAAGUUCAGACUUGCCCAAAGAUAAAACUUUCAGCAAAACGAUGAGUAAAAAUUUCCUGAAAAUGACCUGUUUUAGAAAUUACAGGCCCAGUGUUGGCAGGCAUCACAAAAUAUGUAUUGCAAGGAUACUGGUAAUCUAGAAUAACUAGAAAGAAAAUUACUUUAUUUAAUAAAAAAAUAAAAAUACACACUGAAGGGUGCCAAUAUUUCUGCAGUGCCGUUUCAUCAUUUUCUCAUGUGUCUAAUAGAGGUUGGAGGUGUUGAUUGAGGUUUUCAAUUGUUUUUACUCCAGAUGAUUACUUCAGGUGAUUUUGUGUAAUUUUAUAUUUGUAUGCCUUUUUAAUAUUCUUAAUGUAUGUAAAUCUGUUUUUUAAACAUCAUGCACACAUUGCAAUGAAAUCUGUAUAAUAUUACUUUUACUAGAAUGCAAGGAACUACAGUAUGGGCUACAGUACAGCAGUGUUGAAUCGAUGAGUUUUUGGGGGGAUUUAGAAGUUUUGGCCCUUGGUUGCUUGCUCUCGAUUCAGGUGCAUAACUGAUAAUAGUUUUAAUUAGAACAAAUAGAUGAAUGUGAUUUGCAUUUGUGAAUGAUUGAUUAAUGCUGUGAUUAAUAACCUGCAUUUUUACACUUUGUCCAUUUUUCCUGUAAGGCCUAUUUUACCAGGAGUGUCUUUAUCACCCAGCAAGCACCGCUGUGUGACAUACAUUCAUAAAAAGGUUUUCGGAUAUAUGACGUGUAAUGUGAUGUUGAGCCAUUUUGUCAGGAGACACGUGACUCAAGUCAGAAUAAAACAAAAUUAGCAUUCCUAA